GCCGGGGGGGCGUGACCAGGGCGGUGCCGCCCGCCGGCCCCGCGCGCGCGCCCGCCGGGAAAGGCGCGCGAGGUUCGAAGGCGGCGCUGGGGGCGCGCGCGCGCCGGCCCCGGUCCGGGAUGGCGCAGGCCUUGAAUCGUUUAAAAAAGGACUACAGAGCAAGAUUCUGCCACAGAGGAGGAAAUAAGAUUGAUCUACAGCCAGGUCAAAACGUACUGAAACUCAUACAGGAUUGUUUUGAAAGUUGCAGCAGUGAUCUUACAAUAAACUCUCCAAAUUGCUCAACCUUUGCUUUGAAAAAUGAGAGCAGGACUUCAAUCCAGAGACCGCAGCCCAAGGCGGGGUCAGCCAGCUCUGUGAAAAGUGCCUGUAAGUCUGCAGAACCCUCACCUGCAUCACCACUAAAAUCAGUCAGCAGCAGAGGACAGUCAUGCGAAUCACACCUGAAGCCUGCAACACCUGAUUGCGUAGCUACUUCUAUAAGGACAGAGUCUCCUGUGUCUAAAAGUGAAAAAAAAAAUACUUUAAAAGACGUUGAAGCACCAUGCCAGCGUCUGGCCGUGCCAUUGGACCCUGGGAAUAGUCGUGGGUCUGUUGGAUCGCCUUUUCCUGUGGAGAAAGCGAAAAGUUCUCCUGUUGUUAAAUUGUGUUUUGAUAACUGGAGUACGCCAGCUGCAGCAAAGAGCCAUGGAAAAGAGGAAAAUUUGGAAGGACAUCAGCCUGGGACCUCAGCAAAGAGCCGUGGAAAAGAGGAACGUUUGGAAGGACCUCAGCCUGGGACCUCAGCAAAGCGCCAUGGCAAAGAGGAAAAUUUGGAAGGACCUCAGCCUGGGAGAGAUGAGCAGGUUGUUCCUGUGCAAGGAACAGGACGUGUUACUGCAUCAUCUGCCCGGACAGAAAAGACUUUCUCUUCAGCUGUCUUAGCAGCUGUAGCAACAAGAACAUUUGGACAGAGAUACUCAACCUCCAUAUCACCACCAUCACCUUGUCCUGUGAAGUAUCAAGAAAUAGAAAUAGAAAAUGAAUGUGAAUUUUUAAUUGAUGAAUCAGGUGAUGCAUCUUCUACUUCUUGGAUUUCGAUACCCACUAAGAGCAAAAAAUCAAAAAAUUAUGGCUCUGCAGCUCCCAUUUCUAAACCUCAGCCCUCUGAAAAGGAGAAGACACAGAAUAAGAAAGUCAAGAACAAAAAAGUACAGGUUAAAGCACUUAAUAAACAGAAAGUGGAUCAUCUGGAUGUUGGAGCUUUUGACUUCAAAGAAACGUCAGUGUCAGAUCCAGUCCCUAAUAGUGAAGAAAAGGUCCUUACAUCUCAAAGCCGAAAGAGUACUUGUGUGGAAAAGACUAAAAAGGAUUCACUUAGACAAGACUCUCCAAACCAGAAAAAGAACACAUCCUGGAAACCAGAAGCUGAAGAACUGAUGUUGUCAUGGAGUGGAUUGGAAACAAAACCAUCUGAUGAAGAGCAGUGUAAAACAAGGAUGCCAAGUGAGGAUUUGCCUAUGCCCUCAUCUGGGCAUCAGAAAGAGCAGACUGUGUCACUGAAGAAGUCUCUCAAGUCUUCCAAGAAUCUGCAGUUGGCUUCUAAAGAUUCUCAGCAUUUGGGUAAGAAGAAACAAACUGCUGAGCAGAAAGUUCCAAAAGUCAAAGUAGUUAAGAGAGGGACAGUAUCUCCAAGGAAAAAGUUUAAAAUAUCUGUCCAGAAAAGUAGUAAUAAAAAGUCUCCGUUACAAAGCGAGGAGAGUUCAGAGAGUGAACCUGGUGAAGAAGAGCUCGAAAGAGAGCCUGUGGAACUGAAUGAAGUGUGCACCACAUCUUUGCAUCAGAAAUUAGAGACUCCUGUGAUUCAGAAGUUGACUAAGCCCGAAAAGCCUAGAAAUGUAUUACAUACACCAGAGUCACCUGGUGGUGCCAAUAACAGAACUCCUCUAAAAGCACUCCAGCAUCCCGUGGAGAGUGUGAAGAAUCCUGGAAAGAAAUGGUCUGCUAAGUCUUCAGGGAAGAUAACCAAAAAGAUUCCACGCAGAACUAAUAAAGCUCUUCGCUCAAGCCCUGAAGUCUCUGAGUCUCAAACAGAUUCUGACAGCUCUUCUGUACAGGACAUGGCAAGGAAAAAACAGAAGUUACCAGAUGAGAAAAUAAAAAGUAACAAAAGAAAACAUAACAGACAGCAUGGAUCACAGGAUUCCUUUGUAGCUGAGAAGGUUGUCAGUUCUGGAAGUGGGCCUGUUCUGGAAGAUGAACUUACUUCCAGCACUAAGUCUCCUGAGCAGGAUGAUACAUCUUCAGAUAAUUCUGAAGACUUGAAUUACAAAUUAAGACAUCUGUUGUCAGAUGAAAUAGCGAAGCAUAAAAUAGUAAUGCCUUCCAACACACCUAAUGUUCGUCGGACAAAAAGGAUACGGAUGAGACCUCUGGAAUACUGGAGAGGCGAGCGCGUAAACUAUACCACGAAGCCUUCAGGAGAGUUUGUGAUUAGUGGACUAGUGCAUCCAGAAACAGAAUCUCCCAGGAAGAGUAAAAGGAGGAAGGAUUGUCCCAAGCAGAAAACAGAUACAACAAAUAGCGAAGAGACACCUACAAGUUUGGACCACAGCCUAGCUGAUGCGUCUAAGCCAACCGUUGUACUGGACCCAGUAACAAAUAAUGAAGUGCAUCUAGAUUGUGUAAACACUGCCAACAGUCGCUCUUACUUCUUCAAAGAUGAAGCAGUAGAAAUACAGAAAAAUUUGAAUACCUCUCUUUUUGCAACUGGUAGAUUGGUUCUGAAACCAUAUAAAGAGAAGGGGCACCAAUUUGUCGACAUGGAUACAAUAGCUUUCCAUAUUAUCCAUGGCAAAGUUAUUGUGACAUUACAUAACACAUCAUAUUACCUGACUGCAGGGGACUGCUUCUAUGUUCCAGCAGGAAAUGGAUAUAACAUACGUAAUCUUCUGAAUGAAGAAAGUGUUCUUCUCUUCACGCAACUCAAAGACAGAGCAAGAGCAAGAAAUGUGUUCUUGGACACCUCUUCCCCAUAACUUUACCUGCAAAUUGAAGAUCAUCUAAUGCAGAGGAGUUCUAAAGAACAUUGAACAUUUUCAUCGGACACCCCAGUUUUAGGGGCAUGUUGUUUCAUUGAUCUUAAAGAUCUUUCUUCAGUGUAAAUGGUAAAUACAUAGUUUGUUUUGAAUUAUCUUUUGUAUCAAUAAAUAUUAAGUAAUGCAAAUCAGUUUUGAUUUCUUUGAUUUUCAAUAAUUUUAGAAUCAGUUUUCUAGCAUUCCAUGGGGUUUUGAAAAUGCAGAUAAUUGCAUGAGUUUGACUUGUAAAUAUUUAUGAAUAAAUACGUGAGU